GUACCUGCGUCUCAUCGCGGCGGGCAAGAUGCUCAACCCGGACGAGGCCCUCAUCAAGGACUUCGGCCUCACGGAGAACUGCUACGUGCACUGUGUCAUCACGGCCGCCCCGCCCAGGCUUCGGCUGCCCUCCCUGACCCCGGAACAAGCCGCGGAAGAGGCGAGUGGAAAUCCUGGAGAAACCUCUGAAGUGCUCUUGCUGACCGGGGGGAAGGAAAGACACCUCUUGUUGUGCACCUCCUGCUGCAUACACCUGCGUGGCGUAUCCUUUUGGAGAUCAGACACAGGCAGGGAUGGGGGGCCGUCAAGUCUAAGCCUUGUGCGUCGCCGCGGGCGUUUUGACGCCAGUAUUUUAUCGGCAUGUUUGAGGAUACAUCAGACACGAUUCGACAAUCGUACGGGAAGAUUUUACGGUUCUUUGGACAAGUGUAGAGGUGGACGAUACAGAAGAGACUUGCGAGGGCAGGCGGAAAGACGGCUGGAAAGCGAGACCGAGGAGGUGGAGGAUGACGACCCGGCGACCCGAAGGGGCUUCGACGCGCUGAGGAAUAACGGCAUGACCAGAGGAGAGGUCACCGCCAUCAGAGGUUACUUCAGUGCGCAAGUACGGGAGGUGGAAUCCGAGGAGCUCUGGAUGCGCGCGCAGCCCGCAACGUCCGAGUUCGCCCUGAACGUUAGCAUGGCGCGUCGGACGACCGGGCCGGGGGGCACGCUGACGGGGCUCGACGGUUUCGACGACGCCGGGUCGGGGGGCACGCGGGACUUUAUGUUCGGGUUCGCCAUGGGGGCGUUCCUGGGUGUUAUUAUGCUGCUGUGGCUUUGGGAGGCGGCGGUGCCCCGGCGCCAGAAGCUCGGCAUCCUGGCCGGGGUGACGUUUAAGCAGACCGUGCAAAUGGUGCAGGCGGCGGCGAAUCGACGAGACGAGGACGAGUCGUGACGAGGCUGGCGGCGGGGGGUCAACAGGGCCUUAUUUUGCGUGUUUU